CUAGGCGGAGCCCCGUGCAGACGCGACGGCGCUGAGGCGCGAGGAGGCAGCGGCGCCUGCUGGCUCCCUCCCUGCUGGCAGGCCGCUCACGUGAGCCGGAGCGCAGCUGUUACCUGGGAGGAGAGGCCGCCGCCGCCGCCGCCUGCUCGCCCUCACGCAGACGGAGCUGCAGGCGGAGGGAAGCCCGAAGGGAGCAAGCAAGCAAGCGGCAAGGAUGGCUCUGGCACCUCCCAGUUACUGUUUUGUUGCGUUCCCACCACACACUAAAGAUGGCCUUGUAGUCAUUGGGAAAAAUUCUGCACGGCCCAGAGACGAGGUACAGGAAAUAGUUUAUUUUGCCGCUGCUACUCAUGAUCCAGGAUGCAAAGUUGAGUGCACAUACAUUGAGAUAGACCAGGUGCCCAAGACCAACGCUGUCGCCCUGAGCAGACCUUCCUGGCUUUGGGGGGCAGAAAUGGGGGCAAAUGAACAUGGAGUCUUCAUUACCAAUGAAGCCAUUAUCACCAAAGAACCAGCCUCAGAAACUGAAGCUCUCCUAGGAAUGGAUCUUGUCAGGCUUGGUCUAGAAAGGGGUGGAACAGCUAAAGAAGCCUUGGAUGUCAUUGUCUCUCUGUUGGAAGAGCAUGGCCAAGGAGGCAAUUAUUACGAAGAUGGGAGUGUAUGCCAUGCUUUCCAGACUGCGUAUCUGAUAGUGGACAGAAAAGAAGCUUGGGUCUUGGAGACUGUUGGGAAGCACUGGGCAGCUGAGAACAUUACAGAGGGAGUAAAGUGCAUUUGCAACCAGCUUUCCUUAACUACAAAGAUCGAUGCAGAGCACCCUGAGCUUAGAAGUUACGCGGAAAGUCAAGGGUGGUGGACUGCGGAUACAGAGUUCAACUUUUCUCAAGUAUUUUCUCAGGCUGAUAACCAUUCAGAUUGUUGUUUGGCGAAGGAGAGCCUAGAGAAGCAAGAAGGCGCUAUCACUGUGGAAAUGAUGAUUGACAUCUUGCGGGAUAAGUCUGGUGGUAUAUGUGUGGAUUCAGAGUCUUUUCUUACUACAUCAAGCAUGGUGUCCGUAUUACCUCAGAAUCUUAGUUCCUCGUGCAUCCAUUAUUUUACCGGCACACCAGAUCCAUCAAGGUCCAUAUUUAAACCUUUUAUCUUCGUCGAUAAUGUAAAAUUAGUAUCAAAAGUACAGUCACCCAUUUUUGGUAGUGAUGAUCCUGUGAAAAAAAUCCCCCGGUUCCAGGAGAAACCAGACCGUAGACAUGAAUUGUACAAAGCGCAUGAGUGGGCGCGAUCAGUCAUGGAGAAUGAGCAGGAAAAAGGAGAGAAGUUGAGAAGAACCAUGUUAGACCUCGAAAAGCAAGGCUUGGACGCAAUGGAGAGCAUCAUUACCAGCUCGGAAGUUCUUGAUCCUUCUGAAGUAGAGGACCUUUUCUAUGACUGUGUUGAUACAGAAAUUAAGUUCUUCAAGUGAAUGACCAUAGACACCUUUAGCCUUCACAUAAGAAGACCAUAAAGCUCUUCAGGCCUUGAAAGAUAUACUCGCCAUAUUGCCGAAUUUUUGGAGGAAAUUUCCCUCUUUUUAGAGAAAAGUUCCUUAGUAGCUGUAUCCAAUUAACACAUUCCUUUCCCCCCUUUUAUUUUCCUCCUGUGUUGUCCUGUGUGUGUUAUGGAAAGAGGGCCUUCACUGACAGUGUGCAUGCUGGCUAAUGUAAUGCAGAAUGUUUUUUCAUUCAUCUGGGCAACCGAAACUAAGAACGACAAAUAGCCCGAGUCCAUGUAGUUCUCAAUAUUGCAAAUCAAAAUAAGCCUGCAAAGUUUUGCCUGAAAAGUUUGAUCCACAUGUAAAAGGAAAAAAUACAGCAGGCACAUGUGUGCUCCUAAAGAGUUUUGCCACAAAGAAAUGAUGAGUUGAAAAAUGGGCCUUGCUAAUGGUAUAAAUGUCAACAGUGGAAUAAGCUGCUCACUUGUUCUAGUUCUGGCGAUUUAGAGUUGGGUCUAUUGAGCUGUGUGCUGCCUCACCUAUGCACAUAUUGGGCUAGUAGCUUUUCCUUUUCUUUUUUUGCUUCUCUCACCUAUCGUUCCAUAUUGCUGCAUAUCAGGCUGCGAAGAUUGCAUUUAAAUAAUCAAUUUCUCCCCAAAAUAGAGUUCUGAACAAUGUGAAUUGGCCUAAGCAUUUAGAGAGAGAGAAGCAAGCUUACAGCUGAAGGUAAGAUCAAGAACCUUAAUUUGGUUGUGGGAACUGUACCAUAGCUGCUUAGGAAAGGCAAUUGUUCCAGUGAAAUGACUAGAAUUUGUUCAGAUAAUUUGCUUCCACCAAGGAUGGGGAA